ACGGCUCAGAUUCCUUUUCCAUUUUCCAUUUUCCCUUUUCCCUUUUCCCAGACAAGAAAGCGAAAAUGGAUCUUCCGGUGAUCGAUCUCUCCGAGUACUUGUCGGCGGCGGACGGCGAGCGAGUCGCCGAGAUCUGCGGCGAGGUCAGCCGAUCGCUGAGGGAGACCGGGGCUCUGCUCGUCAAGGACCCGCGCUGCUCGGCGGAGGACAACGAUCGCUUCCUUGACAUGAUGGAGAAGUAUUUCGAGUCUCCUUCCGAGUUCAAGCUUCUCCAGGGGAGGCCUCAUUUGCAUUAUCAGGUUGGGGUGACACCAGAGGGGGUGGAAGUCCCGAGAAGCCUGGUAGAUGAAGAAAUGCAAGAGAAAUUAAGAGCGAUGCCUGAAGAGAACCGACCAUCCCCUCCCAAGGGUCCAGAUUGCAAGUGGCGUUACAUGUGGAGAGUGGGUCCUCGGCCAAUAAAUACCCGAUUCAAGGAACUGAAUGCAGAGCCUGUCGUACCUGAGGGCUUUCCUGAAUGGAAAGACACCAUGGACUCGUGGGGGUACAAAAUGAUUGCGGCAAUAGAGUUUGUUGCUGAAAUGGCAGCCAUUGGGUUUGGCUUGCCGAAGGAUGCAUUCACUUCCUUGAUGAAGCAGGGUCCGCAUCUUUUAGCUCCCACGGGGAGUGACCUUCGACGUUAUGGCCAAGAGGGCACUGUCUUUGCAGGGUAUCACUAUGACCUUAACUUCUUAACAAUUCAUGGCAGAAGUAGAUUUCCUGGUUUAAAUAUAUGGCUAAGAAAUGGGCAAAAAGUUGAAGUGAAGGUUCCCGUAGGAUGCCUUCUCAUUCAGACAGGAAAACAGAUAGAAUGGUUGACUGGAGGAGAUUGUAUAGCUGGAAUGCAUGAAGUUGUUGUCACAAGCAGGACAACGGAUGCAAUCAGACUAGCUUCGGAGCAAAAUCGCAGCCUGUGGAGAGUAUCUUCUACAUUGUUUGCGCACAUUGCAUCCGAUACCGUGUUGAAACCCUUAGGCCACUUUGCAGAGUCCCCACUCGCCAGCAAUUAUCCCGCUCUCUGCGCAGGGGAGUUUGUUGAGAAAGAGCUUGCAGUAAUCAAUCUUAAAGGAUAAAAUUGGGAAAUCUUGAUAACCUGUGGCAAGUAAAAUUCGUGUUUUCGCCACUUCAAAUGUUUAACAACAUUUCUGGGGGGUAUUGCAACGAAAUGAGUCACAAUAAGGAUGCUCGAAACGAGCGUAUGUCUUCCGCAACUGCAGAAUCAUGGUGCCACGGAGGACACUAUCCUGCUGACAUUUUUUCAUUUUCAUUUGCUCGUGCUAAAUGUACUUCCUCGACAUUUCUGCGUAUUUUUCCACAUCUAAUUUCUUCAGUGGUGGCAAAUUUGGUUGGUCCUUUUGGAAAUGUCUUUGGGGGUUAAUUUAGUUCGAUCUCUUAUGUUUGAUCUCAGUUCUGAUUCCAGAUUGUGUCCUCCAAUUUCGUUACUGAAUAAAAAGAAGGAAUUGUUUGGUUGGAAAUUGUUGUUUUUU